AAUGAACAAUGACCAUAGUUGACAGAGCUUCAGAGAAGUCUGACCACGAGUCAGUCGGGUGCAAGCGCUCCGGAUCGCUGACCUUCCCUGGUGGCGACGGGAACGGGAUGGACGGCGGCUGCUCCAGCUGGGGGGCGGGGGGCCCCUCGUCCUCCGACACCCCCAGGGUGAAGACAGGGGGCUGCAUGGGCCCCACCCCUGGAGCCACUGUCUACAGCAGCAGUGCUGCCAUCACCGCAGACAGGCCCAAGGAGCAAGGUGAGGAGGGUUGAUGUGCUCAAUUUGGAAGUCUUUUAACGCUAACUGAUAUAGUAGAAAACGUAGGGCAUUUCCAUCGAAAAGGACCCAUGAGCACCAACGUGACGUUUAUAGCAGCAUAUCAAAUUGAGUGUCAAAUGGCAGAGUCUAUAUUUUUGGGAAAUGAAGGCAUAGAUGCAUCUUUCAACCAUUUUCCACCUUAAAAAUUUGGCAUAAGUAAAGGCUUUGAUUUCUGGAUAAACAGAUGGAAAAGGGGUCUUAGAAAACAUCUACCAGAAAAAGUCUUAAAAGAUAUCAGAAAUGCAUCAAAACACAAUAAUGUUGACAUAAACUAAUAUCAACAAUUGUAUUUAGUAAUUGAAAUUGUGUGCCUUCUGUAAGUUAUAUUGUCUUGUAAUUCCGUUUCCAAAAACCCACAUAUCUUUAAAGGUGCUACAUAUGAGAUUUUUUAAAUUGUUGCUUUGUAAUUUCAGAAAAUGUCCAUAAUAUAUCUGGCACUAAUAGUGGAAUGAUAGUGUUUCACAGUAUUACUUACCCACCAGUGUUGUGAUUGGCUGAGAUAUUCGCCUAUUGAUUUCUCCCGCCGGAGUGGCAUCUGUUGUCAAACUGGGAAAGCUGUUCCAGAGGUUGCAUGGCCUGUGUCCAGUGGGCGCUUUAUGCACGUGUACAAAGCAUUAUGAAUACCUUCCUAAUAUUGAGUUGCACCCCCCCUAGAACAGACUCUAUUCAUCGGGGCAUGGAUUCUACAAGGUGUCAAGUGUUCCACAGGUAUGCUGGCCCAUGUUGAAUCCAAUGCUUCCCACAGUUGUCAAGUUGGCUGCAUGGCCUUUGGGUGGUGGACCAUUCUUGAUACACAUGGGAAACUGUUGAGUGUGGAAAAACCCAGCAGCGUUGCAGUUCUUGACACAAACCAGUGCGCCUGGCACCUACUACCAUAUCCAAAGGCACUUAAAUCUUUUGUCCUACCCUCUGAAUGGCACACAUACACAAUCCAUGUCUCAAGGCUUAAAAAUCCAUCUGUAACCUGUCUCCUCCCCUUUACUGAUUUGAAGUGGAAGCCUAGCAGUUAAGAGCAUUGGGCCAGGUCGCUGGUUAGAAUCCCGAGCCAACUAGCUGAAAAAUAUGUUGAUGUGCCCUUGAGCAAGGCACUCAACCCUAAUUGCUCCUGUAAGUCACGCUGGAUAAGAGCGUCUGCUAAGUGACUAAAAUGUAAAUGAUUUAACAAGUGACAUCAAUAAGGGAUCAUAACAUUCACCUGAUCAGUCUGUCUUGGAAAGAGCAGGUAUCCUUAAUGUUUUGUACACUCGGUGUAUAUGGAUAUGACCAAGGAUAUCCACGUUUGAGACAAAAAGCUGGUCAGUUUUGCUGAUCCAGCUCGGGAUAGGUCGCUUUCUAAGCAGUAUCUUUACAGCAAAGGGCAAGGGUUGCUUAGCGGUGUGCGUGCUCACUCCACCAGGGGUGUGGCGGCUGCUUGGGCAUUGUUUAGGGGCAUGAUGAUUGGUGAUAUCUGUGCUGCAGCGAGUUGUUGUUCCGCUUUGUGGUUUUAUCGCUUGGAUGUAACUGCUCCCAGUGUGGCUCAUAGUCUUAUGGCUGGGUCCGGGAGUGUGUGUUAGGCAGCGCACAGGUUGCGCAUUUUAUCUGAGUUACCACAAUUCCCUGUGGGUUUGAAACUUGGGCUGCCUUGGGAUGCAGCAGCGCGUAAAGUGUGCAAUAUCAAGGUUAGCACAGUUUCCUGUGGGUUUGAGCCUUGGGCUGCCUUGGCAGCGCGCAAGUAGACGGGUUCCUGCAGGUUUCCUGUGGGUUUGAGCCUCGGGCUGCCGUGGUUCAUCGACUCUGGUCAAUGAUAUGCAGUGCGCGUGUGUUCUUUACCAAGUCACGACAGAUGUUCUGUUUUGGACUUGCGGUCCCUUGUACGUGUUCUGUCAUUUCAGGCUCGCACUGUAAGUAUUGUUCUUGGAACCUUUGGGUCUAUGGAUUUGGGCUGCAGUGGCAGCGUGUCAAUAUCCAUAGCCAAGUUACAGCAGGUUCUGGUUCCCUAUAUGGGACUCUGACAGUUCAGGCCUCGUGAGGCUCUGACAGUUCAGGCUUUUCCGAUAAGUGUUUGGGGAAUAGGUGUCUUCUGUAACCCCUUUUUGGAGCCGGUGGGAUCUGUGUGUGCUUGGGCUGUUGGUGGGCCUCCUAGUUUGGUACACUCUGAGCAGGCUUGGGGCGUGAUUCUAAGUCCCCAUAGUAUGUUAUACCGAGUGACCGACUGAAAGGGAACAUACAGUUAUGAAUAUACAGUGGGGGAAAAAAGUAUUUAGUCAGCCACCAAUUGUGCAAGUUCUCCCACUUAAAAAGAUGAGAGAGGCCUGUAAUUUUCAUCAUAGGUACACGUCAACUAUGACAGACAAAAUUAGAAAAAAAAAUCCAGAAAAUCACAUUGUAGGAUUUGUAAUGAAUUUAUUUGCAAAUUAUGGUGGAAAAUAAGUACUUGGUCACCUACAAACAAGCAAGAUUUCUGGCUCUCACAGACCUGUAACUUCUUCUUUAAGAGGCUCCUCUGUCCUCCACUCGUUACCUGUAUUAAUGGCACCUGUUUGAACUUGUUAUCGGUAUAAAAUACACCUGUCCACAACCUCAAACAGUCACACUCCAAACUCCACUAUGGCCAAGACCAAAGAGCUGUCAAAGGACACCAGAAACAAAAUUGUAGACCUGCACCAGGCUGGGAAGACUGAAUCUGCAAUAGGUAAGCAGCUUGGUUUGAAGAAAUCAACUGUGGGAGCAAUUAUUAGGAAAUGGAAGACAUACAAGACCACUGAUAAUCUCCCUCGAUCUGGGGCUCCACGCAAGAUCUCACCCCGUGGGGUCAAAAUUAUCACAAGAACGGUGAGCAAAAAUCCCAGAACCACACGGGGGGGACCUAGUGAAUGACCUGCAGAGAGCUGGGACCAAAGUAACAAAGCCUACCAUCAGUAACACACUACGCCGCCAGGGACUCAAAUCCUGCAGUGCCAGACGUGUCCCCCUGCUUAAGCCAGUACAUGUCCAGGCCCGUCUGAAGUUUGCUAGAGUGCAUUUGGAUGAUCCAGAAGAGGAUUGGGAGAAUGUCAUAUGGUCAGAUGAAACCAAAAUAUAACUUUUUGGUAAAAACUCAACUCGUCGUGUUUGGAGGACAAAGAAUGCUGAGUUGCAUCCAAAGAACACCAUACCUACUGUGAAGCAUGGGGGUGGAAACAUCAUGCUUUGGGGCUGUUUUUCUGCAAAGGGACCAGGACGACUGAUCUGUGUAAAGGAAAUAAUGAAUGGGGCCAUGUAUCGUGAGAUUUUGAGUGAAAACCUCCUUCCAUCAGCAAGGGCAUUGAAGAUGAAACGUGGCUGGGUCUUUCAGCAUGACAAUGAUCCCAAACACACCGCCCGGGCAACGAAGGAGUGGCUUCGUAAGAAGCAUUUCAAGGUCCUGGAGUGGCCUAGCCAGUCUCCAGAUCUCAACCCCAUAGAAAAUCUUUGGAGGGAGUUGAAAGUCUGUGUUGCCCAGCGACAGCCCCAAAACAUCACUGCUCUAGAGGAGAUCUGCAUGGAGGAAUGGGCCAAAAUAACAGCAACAGUGUGUGAAAACCUUGUGAAGACUUAGACUUGUUUGACCUGUGUCAUUGCCAACAAAGGGUAUAUAACAAAGUAUUGAGAAACUUUUGUUAUUGACCAAAUACUUAUUUUCCACCAUAAUUUGCAAAUAAAUUCAUUAAAAAUCCUACAAUGUGAUUUUCUGGAUUUUUUCUUUCUCAUUUUGUCUGUCAUAGUUGACGUGUACCUAUGAUGAAAAUUACAGGCCUCUCUCAUCUUUUUAAGUGGGAGAACUUGCACAAUUGGUGGCUGACUAAAUACUUUUUGCCCCACUGUAACUACUGUUCCCUGAAGGAGGGAAUUAGGUAUAACAUAUUUUGGCCCUGCGCCAUCAGGGGAUUUGUGCUCGCUGAAGAGCGGAACUGAAUUGAGGAAAUGAAUGCAAGCCCUGGUAUUAUAGCCAGGAAGGUGGGGCUGUAUGUUUGUUAAACUUUCAAAUCAAUGGUUGUUGUUUGGCAUACAAUUUAAAGUGGGAAAAAACUGAGUCAAAGCAUAAUUCCGUUACCGUGGAAUUGCCCGGUAUCUUUGGGUGCAGGGCUCCAAAUGCAUAAAAUGACAGAAGGAAAGGACCUUCAUUCAUUGGAAAAUAGUAUUGAAAAAUGUAAUGCAUGCCAGAUUGUAAUGAAUGAAAUCUUUCAAGACUACAUUCCAAACAGGGAGUGCUGAGUUGAGUAGCUGUGGUUUCCCAGAUGUCUUCUUAUAAGUGACUGCCUGAACCGGUUCCCCUAGGUGUUUCUAUUAUACUGGCCCAGUUAUGUAACCAUAUUGUUCGUUGAGGGGUAUAAAUCAAUAGCCUGAUGUGGUGCCACAGGAUCUAUGGUUCAGGGUACAUGUUAUGUCAGUAAACAAGAAACACAGCAUCUUUCUGCCUUCCCCACCCAUCCAUCAAAUAUGCCCUAGCUUUCAAUUCAAAGAAAUGGAUUGUCAAUUUGAAAGUGCCUUGAAGUUGGAAGCAGUAAAAAAAAAGACCUUUCCUAAGACCACUUUCAGAGAUGUAUUCCCACUGGUUUAUCUACCAGGCAACACUCCUUUUGUCAUGGCUUUCAGUAUGUAUUUUGCCAUUGGUUUCCCUUUCCCCUCUGCAGUGGUGAUGACCAGUGGGGACGGCAUCGCCUUGCCCCAGAAGGUGCUGUUCCCCGCUGAGCGGCUCAGCCUGAAGUGGAACCAGGUCCACCGCAUCGGAUCAGGUCUCCAGAACCUGGGAAACACCUGCUUCCUCAACUCGGCUCUGCAGUGUCUCACCUACACAGCUCCCCUCAGCAACUACAUGCUGUCCCGGGAGCACUCUAAAACAUGUAUGUGGAGAAUAGAACCAGGGGCUCUUUUAUUCAUAUUACAUUUUCGUAAUGCACACGCAUAGCAGGAGAAGGUUAGAAAGAGAAAUAAAAUAAACAAAAGUAAUAUUUAGACAAAGAAGAGCGGCUUCAAAUUGAUCAAAGUGUAUGUUGGUUCUUUGCUUAAUGUCCCAGUGCAGUCAAGUUUUCCCCUGUGUUUUAUAUACAUUUCCACACUAUGAACUUGGAAUAAUACUGUGAAAUUGUGAAAAUUAUGAUAAUUCCCUUUUUAAUGUAAGAGCUGUUUGAAAAGACUGCCUGGAAUAUCUGCCUGUUUUGGUGGGCUGUUGUUUUGGCGACCAGGCGGUAAAUUAGUUAAUAGACCAAUAAGAAACAGUUCCAAACCGUUUUGCCAAUAACAGCUAGUUUUCAGUUUCCCCAGUUUCUUGCUUGAGAAAUCACAGUAAGAUACAUAAUUUUUACCCAGAAAUGCUUUGAAAUUGAGAUAAAAAUGGCUGCAUUAGACCUUUUAAUGCCUAUUUCCUGAUUGACCGCCUCUGUGUUGAUGUUCAGGUCACGAACCUGGAUUCUGUAUGAUGUGCACCAUGCAGAAUCACAUCACCCAGGUCUUUGCCAACUCUGGGAAUGUCAUCAAGCCCAUCGGAGUCCUCAAUGAGCUCAAACGUGAGUGGUAUUUACUUUGGAAUCAGAGGGGGUGAACACUUUUGCACAAUGUGGAUAGGAAUUAGUCUUUGUGCAAACGUGUUGAAAGCCAUUACAGCUAACCAACCUGUCAGCAAAAUAGUUUUCCCUCCAAAAUUCGAUGGAGAGUUGGGACUGCGUCACAGGUGCAGAAUUCUGGGAAACCUAGUCAGCAAAAUAGUUUUCCCUCCCAAAAAUAUAGAGUUGAUGCUGUAUUUGUUGGAGGGAAAACUGACAGGGUCAAAGUCUGUCAUUUAUUAUGCAGCUUCUUCACCUGUCUACACCUCUAUCACACCUGUGCAGGGAUUGCAAAGCAUUUCCGUUUCGGCAGCCAAGAGGACGCCCAUGAGUUCCUGCGGUACACACUGGACGCUAUGCAAAAGUCCUGCCUGCCUGGAAGCAAGUAGGUGUUUCACUGAAACUCACAUAUCAUCUGACCCACAUUUCACUUACAGCACAGAGUGAGACAUGAUUAAUAAAUCAUGUUUCAGUGACCAUCUCCUAUACACUAGGGACCCUUAACUGACUUUAGGACGCCCUCCUCCCAUGUAGAGUGGAGGGCUAUUCUGCCCUCCAACAGGUUGACCCUACACUCUGCAAAUUACUUUUGCUCUAUUUCCUCUGCUGUUUCUUCCUCCUCAAAGGGCUAGGACAUUGUGUCCCAAUGAGAAAUUAAAUUAAGGCUAUCUUGAUUUAAAUGAUCCCGUGUGUACACAUAGCAGGCAAUUUCCUUUGAAGCUAUUGGGAGUCGCUGAUUAGCAUCUUUAAUGGUUUGACGUUUCCUUUUUCAACAGAUUGGACAGGCAAACGCAGGCAACCAGUUUCAUCCAUCAAGUCUUUGGAGGGUAUCUAAGGUCCAGAGGUACGCUUAUUAGUGCUAUUUAGCAGACGCUCUUAUCCAGAGCGACUUACAGUUAGUGAGUGCAUACAUUUUUUUUUCAUACUGGCCCCCCGUGGGAUUCGAACCCACAACCCUGGCAUUGCAAACGCCAUGCUCUACCAACUGAGCUACACAGGACUUGAAGAAACUCUAAAAGUUCUUGAAAUGUUCCGUAUUGACUGACCUUCAUGUCUUAAAGUAAUGAUGGACUGUUGUUUCUCUUUGCUUAUUUGACCUGUUCUUGCCAUAAUAUGGACUUGGUCUUUUACCAAAUAGGGCUGUCUUCUGUAUACCCCCCUACCUUGUCACAACACAACUGAUUGUCUCAAACGCAUUAAAAAUUCCACAAAUUAACUUUAAAGAAGGCACACAUGUUAAUGAUCUAUCUCAUUAAGCUGGUUGAGAGAAUGCCAAGAGUGUGCAAAGCUGUCAGGGCAAAGGGUGGCUAUUAUGAAGAAUCUCAAAUAUAAAAUAUAUUUUGAUUUGUUUAACGCUUUUUUUGGUUACUACAUGAUUCCAUAUGUGUUAUUUCAUACUUUUGAUGUCUUCACUAUUAUUCUACAAUGUACAAAAAAAAAUGAGUAGGUGUGUCCAAACUUUUGACUAUCUCAUCAAAAAAAGAAACGUCCUCUCACUGUCAACUGCAUUUAUUUUCAGCAAACUUAACAUGUGUAAAUAUUUGUAUGAACAUAACAAGAUUCAACAACUGAGACAUAAAAUGAACAAGUUCCACAGACAUGUGACUAACAGAAAUGGAAUAAUGUGUCCCUGAACAAAUGGGGGGUCAAAAUCAAAAGUAACAGUCAGUAUCUGGUGUGGCCACCAGCUGCAUUAAGUACUGCAGUGCAUCUCCUCCUCAUGGACAGCACCAGAUUUGCCAGUUCUUGCUGUGAGAUGUUACCCCACUCUUCCACCAAGGCACCUGCAAGUUCCCUGACAUUUCUGGGGGAAUGGCCCUAGCCCUCACCCUCCGAUCUAACAGGUCCCAGGCGUGCUCAAUGGGAUUGAGAUCCGGGCUCUUCGCUGGCCAUGGCAGAACACUGACAUUCCUGUCUUGCAGGAAAUCACACACAGAACGAGCAGUAUGGCUGGUGGCAUUGUCAUGCUGGAGGGUCAUGUCAGGAUGAGCCUGCAGGAAGGGUACCACAUGAGGGAGGAGGAUGUCUUCCCUGUAACGCACAGCGUUGAGAUUGCCUGCAAUGACAACAAGCUCAGUCCGAUGAUGCUGUGACACACCGCCCCAGACCAUGACGGACCCUCCACCUCCAAAUCGAUCCCGCUCCAGAGUAUAGGCCUCGGUGUAACUCAUUCCUUCGAAGAUAAACGAGAAUCCGACCAUCACCCCUGGUGAGACAAAACUGCGGCUCGUCAGUGAAGAGCACUUUUUGCCAGUCCUGUCUGGUCCAGUGACGGUGGAUUUGUGCCCAUAGGCGACGUUGUUGCCGGUGAUGUCUGGUGAGGACCUGCCUUACAACAGGCCUACAAGCCCUCAGUCCAGCCUCUCUCAGCCUAUUGCGGACAGUCUGAGCACUGAUGGCGGGAUUGUGCGUUCCUGGUGUAACUCGGGCAAUUGUUGUUGCCAUCCUGUACCUGACCCGCAGGUGUGAUGUUCGGAUGUACCAAUCCUGUGCAGGUGUUGUUACACGUGGUCUACCACUGCGAGGACGAUCAGCUGUCCGUCCUGUCUCCCUGUAGCGCUGUCUUGGGCGUCUCACAGUACGGACAUUGCAAUUUAUUGCCCUGGCCACAUCUGCAGUCCUCAUGCCUCCUUGCAGCAUGCCUAAGGCACGUUCACGCAGAUGAGCAGGGACCCUGGGCAUCUUUCUUUUGGUGUUUUUCAGAGUCAGUAGAAAGGCCUCUUUAGUGUCCAAAGUUUUCAUAACUGUGACCUUAAUUGCCUACUGUCUGUAAGCUGUUAGUGUCUUAACGACCGUUCCACAGGUGUAUGUUCAUUAAUUGUUUAUGGUUCAUUGAACAAGCAUGGGAAACAGUGUUUAAACCCUUUGCAAUGAAGAUCUGUGAAGUUAUUUGGAUUUUUACGAAUUAUCUUUGAAAGACAGGGUCCUGAAAAAGGGACAUUUCUUUUUUUGCUGAGUUUAAAUAUUUUUUGCUGUGUGUGUGUAUAUAUAUAUAUUUUAAUCAGAACCCUGUCUAUAUUUAUUUUACUGACGCAGAUACAAGCAUUGCUUGCUUUUUGGAGUAUUAGACUAGGUAUCUGUAAAGCACUAUGUGACAACUGCUAAUGUAAAGAAACUUUAUAAAAUACAUUUGAUUGAUAUACUUUGUUUGCUGCUGUACACCAUUUAGAACACCAUUUAGAUGACUUUGUCAUAUUUGUUAAUAGGUAAGAUUAUCUAAUAAUUGUCUCUAUGCUGUCUUUUUACAGUAAAAUGUUUAAACUGCAAAGCAGUCUCUGACACGUUUGACCCUUAUUUGGAUGUCGCUUUGGAAAUAAAGGUAACAGUGAACUACCUUUCAUGCUGUACAAUGGGGAAGCCAGUCAAACCUUUUGGUGUCUUUCUAAGAAUGCAUCAUUGACAGUUGUCAUCCAUGUUACCUUUCAGACUGCUCCCAGUAUCACCAAAGCUCUGGAGCAGUUUGUUAAGCCUGAGCAGCUAGAUGGAGAGAAUGCCUACAAAUGCACUAAGUGAGUAUAUCUGUAUUCAUUUAUUGGUAAUCUCAGCAUAGUGCUGCCUAAACCAGUGUUAUUGCAACCUAGUGAACUGCGUGUUUAGUUUCCUCGUUUCAUGGUUUUUAUAACUGCUCCAACUGUGUUUGUGCAGGUGUAAGAAGAUGGUUCCAGCCUCUAAGAGAUUCACCAUUCACCGCAGCUCCAACGUGCUCACCAUCUCACUGAAGCGCUUCGCCAACUACAACGGGGGCAAGAUUGCUAAGGUAAGUUCAGAGAACAUUAUUAGUAACAGAAACAUUAACCACUUCUUUAAGACAAACAGUUGUACAGGUCACAUUUUUACUGAAAGCUUUAAUUGUAGAUCUCAUCUGACAUUGCCUUGCUCUCUCUCCCUUAGGACGUGAGGUAUCCUGAGUGCCUGGACCUGCGUCCAUUCAUGUCUCAGUCCCACGGGGAGCCUCAGGUCUAUGUGCUCUACGCUGUCCUGGUGCACUCUGGCUUCAGCUGUCACGCUGGACACUACUAUUGCUACGUCAAGGUAAGCCCCAACAUAGACACAAAACCACUGUUAAGACUGCUCCCAAACACACAAUCAAUCAAUGAGAGAGCUUGAUUAAAACCCCCAAGCGAAUAAGCCUCUCACCACUUCUAUGUAAGCCUGAUGUAUUUGAUUACACCUGUCUUCUACAGGGGGUGAUGGUAAUGGUUACUAUGGUGUCAGUGUGACGUACUGUAUGUUUGUGGGAUGCAUGUCUAUAAUAGUUUCUCUCCUCUUUCUCCUUCCCUUCUUUCUCUGUCAGGCUAGCAACGGCCAGUGGCACCAGAUGAAUGACUCCUCUGUGUCGGUCAGUGACAUCAGAUCAGUCCUCAACCAGCAGGCUUACGUCCUCUUCUACAUCAGGUGAGUAGCUAGCUCCCAUUCACUCGUUUGAAUGGUGAAAAAUAUAUCUGAGCCUUGUAGCAUUACGUCUGUUUCUAAAAUGAAUUCUGCUUGACGAUGCAAUAGUCCUGUGCAGGUUUUCCCUUUUUUGUUUAGAAAGAUGUCUUUUAGUGGUUGAGUUUUUUUCUUCUGUGAUGGGUGCUGCCUGUUCUGGCCACCAGGUCACCUGAUCUGAAGAACGGAGGGGACUACAACCACAUGAGUCGGCCCCCCGGACAGUCUUCCCCCCGCCCCAUCCUCACACCCCGGGUCAACAUUGGGCCACGACACACCAACACUGGCUUCAUAGGGCCACAGCUGCCCCCACACAUGGCCAAGGUACAGCCUCCACACACACACACACCAGCCUCUGCACAAUCGUCUGUUCAAAAGUAAGAUGUGUAAUAACUGUAUUUUUUCCCCAGAACACCUUUCACAUCAAUGGGAACGGCUCCCUAAGGGACUACCCCUCUGGCUCUAAGCCCAGCACCAGCAGUGGCGUCAGCAGCAGCAGCAUGGGCAAGACUAGCUACGGCCUGCUCUCUUCGUCGUCUUCCUCCUCCUCCUCCUCCUCUCAUCCUCUCAGCCAUCCCACAGGCAUCCCUGACACUGCCAAGCGCCAGAAGCUCUCCUUCUUCAUCGGUCAGGGCAAACAGAGCCGCCCCUCCUCAUCAUCCUCUUCCUCCUCUUUCGCCAAGCCGUCCUCCUGCUCUUCGUCACAGUUUACCUCAGACAUGCCCGCGCCCCGGGCUCCUCACGUUAACGGCACGCCCUCCGGUAACGGCAACGGUCACGGAGCCUCGUUCCUGGUGCCGUACGGCCAGGAGUCAUCGGAGGAGUCGGACCAGGAGGGAGGCAGCGGUCUGGAGAACGGCACGGCCAAGCCUCACGUUAACGGGAGGAAGGGAGGAACCGUCUACGGCCCCGUCCCCAGAGUUCUGGCCCUCAAGACCAACGGCAUCAGUAACAGCCAGGCCACCAUGCACCAUAAUGGGUCCGAGGCCAACGGGACUAAAGGCUUCUCCAAACUCAGCCAGAUUGGACAUCAGAACGGACACCACAAAGUCAAUGGCAUCAAACACCUGGAGAAGGUACUUAUAAUCAGUCAAGACACACAAACAUAUUUUAAAUACUUUACUUGAAUCCACAAAUCACAUUGCGUUUGCAGAAGGAUUCACACACAUAAUCACCUGUGUAUUAUCUGUGUGUUUGUUGUGCAGGUCAACGGCAGCGGUCAUGUAAUGUCUCCUGGGUUGGGUCCCAGCAUUUCUAAUGGGGCGGAGUCUCACCACAGUGGCCCAAGGUGAGUGUUAUGCCUCGUGCACACCGGUUGCGUCAAACUAUGCGUUCUGGCAGAAGUCUGUUCAUUUCAUUGGGAGGCAAUCUGCACUGCUGCGACUCAUCUGCCGGACUAGGUUGCGGUGCAUGGGACUGUGUGCAAUGUGUCACACGUGUUGCUUUGCCGUGCGGUACCAGUAGUAAACCACCAAAGAAGUUGCUAAUGUGUAGCGUGAUACUUUUUGUUGUGAUGCGGCGCAUGGAUUGGGAAGAUGUACCGUACGGCAAUAACCUGUGUGCACGCAGCGUUAGAUUAUGUUUUGCCUAUUUUGUUUUAUCAGAUUCUCUCAUGAUCAUUUUGAUAUACACUUUGUUAAAGAAUGUUAUUGAUGUACUUGUUUUUUUUUUUUUUCAGCAAUGAGGUGUAUAGCGCCAACCCCAGCCAGGCCAGCACCUCUCAGAGCCUGCAGAGUGCAGACAGCGACAGCCACAUCUCCCCGACACCAGAGAAAAGGACUAAAACUCACUCUGACCCCCUCCCUCACCACGCACCAUCAACCGCUGCUAACCCGCCAUCCUCAUUGGCAGAUGUUGGCGCUAAGCCACCUACCGAUGCCUUGAGGGAAUCCAGCUCCACCUCCAACCCUGGGGCCUUACCCCUCCAGCCCAACCCCCGCUCCCUCAGCACCCCAGUCUCCUCCCAGCCUCUCUCUGGACCAGGCCUGGGGGCCAUAAAAGGCCUAGGAGCACCACACAGCAGAUCUGGGGAGGACGUCAGGGAGAUCGAGAACAGCCCAGCAGCAGGGGUGGAUGGACGGCUGGACGGCAAGACCAGCUCCAGAGAGGGAAGAGACCGGAUGUAUUCUUCCGAUCGGAAUAAGGAGAAAGACGGGUUGAACUCUUCUGAUCGAGAUAAGGAGAGAGACCGACUAUAUUCUUCGGACCGUGAUAGGGAUCGAGAGCGGCUUUACUCUUCUGACCGGGAUAAAGACGGAGAAAGGAAUAGGUACCACCGUGACAGGAGCCGUGAACGCAACUGGGACCGUGACUCAGACCGCUAUCGACACCGGCGGGACCACCGAGACCGAGAACACCACCGGUCGUACCGUGAUCGCUCGGCCAGCCGGGACAGACACCGGGACUGGGAGUGUGAGCGUCGCUGGGAGAGGAACGCCUACCACCCCAGAGACCGGGACAGGGACCGCUGCCACCACCACCACCACUACCACAGACCCAGAGAGAACAGGGAGAGGGAAAGGAGGGAGCACAGCCUUCCUCACAGAGAGGAGCCUCACGGACGCUCGAGGUGGAGGGAGGAGAGGGGUGAAGGUAAGAGGGGUUACUACCCUUCACAGGAGGAGACCCCACUGAGCUCCAUCACCAAGGCCAGUCAGUCCCCCCCUCGCCCAGACCUCUCCCCAGCCAGACCAGCCCUGGAGAAACGACCCGAGCCUCUGAGAGAGGACAGCUCUGAGGAGCGUCGGGACAAGAAACAUAAGAAGAGCAAGAAGAAGAAGUCCAAGGACAAAGAGAGGCAUGGAGAGAAUGGGUAAGGCCGUCUUUUCUUUCUAAGUGUAUUUUAUUGCCUCCACAAUAAUAGAGAAGGUGCCAGAGAAAUUAGUUCAGUUGUUACUUUAACCCUGACCUGGGUGUUCUUUCUUCCAGGACCUCUAGCGUGGAUUCCUCUGACAGGGCUGCUGACGGCAGCAGGUACUCCAAACACAAGAAGAAGAAAAGGACGAGGAGGCACGACACGGAGGACGAGAAGUCGGGGGGUGAGACCCGCUCUACCCAGAGUUCCGAGGGGCACCGCGACCCCAACGCCCCCUGGGUGGGUCGCAGGGCGAACAGCAGCGACAAGGAGAGGGCGAGCAGGAAGCGACGUUACCAGGACGAUGAUGGCUAUGACAACAGCUACCCCGAGAAACGCCAUCGCUCUGAUGACCACGAAAAAGACCGCUCCUCCUCUCGCAAUGGAUCGCCAACAGCAACCCCUCACAACGCAUCACACCACAACCUCAACGGGCACACAGGUAAGAAAAGAGCUGAUUUAGAUGAUGGACCAUACAAUGGUUUCUAUAGAUAUCAGGUCCAGUCAUUUCUUUUCAGUUUGUCACUGUUCAUCAAUAAUUUUGACCAUAAUGUUUUUCUGUUGUAGGUAAUUGCUUCAGUCGACCCAAUGGAAACUCCCACGGAUGUUCUACCAAUGGACUGUACAAUGAAUUACCUUAG